UACAUCUUACCGAAACUUUAACAGUAGGUUUAGUAUUUUUUUUUAAGGAAAUUAAUCAAAUGUUUCUGUAAAGCCAAGUUGCAAAACCUUGGAGAGAGAGAUGAGUGUGUUUGGAGGAGAUAGCUGGGGUAGAGAGGCACAACACAGGAAGAGAAGAUUGGAUGAUUUGUUGUUGGAAGAAUUGGUUGAUGGGUCUUCUUAUAAGAAGCUCUCCAAUGGCAAAUACGCUUGCCUUGUUUGCUCCCACUCUCCCAUCCUCGAUUCUCCUCUCAUGCUCUCUAUGCAUACCAAGGGAUCACGCCAUCGGGCUGCAGAGUCCAAGCUAAAGGAAACAGAGUUGUUGAGACAAGAUGAGAUAAACAAGCGAGUAGCAUUGUCAGACUCUUCUACCAGCACCACAAACUGUAAUACCUACCAUCAAAAAUUUAGGUCAGUUGGGAAACCAUUGAUUGAACAGACACGAAAUGUGGCUUCGGAGAUACUUAACAACAAAACUCCUCGGCAGAAUUCCAGCAAUGCCAACCAUAAUUUACAGUUAAUUUUGGAUCACCUUACUGAUGGGAAUUCUAAUCUGAAUCAAAAUAGUCCUUGUCCUAUUGAAGUCACUGACAAGGUGGUUGUGCAGUCACAUUUGGAUUUCCAAGAGCGUCGAGAGAGGGAACUAAAGUUUACAGCUGCAGGUUGGAAGCGUGAUUGUCAGGGGAAGUGGUUCAGAGAUGAAAAUGUUGAGUUCGACUCUGAUGAAGAUGACCCAAAUGUAUGCCUUGGAUGAAAAGAUGUGGGAAGACUUUAGCUGAUGGACAUUCAAUUUGUUCAUGAUUGAUGAUGGUGGUAUAGUUUGCUAACUUGGCAUGCAAAGUUACUGCUAGUUUUUUACUGAACAACCUAGAAGAAAAUUUUUGUUAUACACUGAUUAGCCAAUAGGGAGCCCAAGAGUUGCUUCUUUGUGAAUAUAGGAAGUUGGUGUACCAAUGCUUUUAUUAUGCACAGUUUCAAAAGGAUUUUGCCUCAAAGGUGUAGAACACAAUUGCAUUACUUAUGAGAGGAAUUCUGGCAGGUGUUGCAGGGAUAUUUAUGUGUUCUGGAAAAUGUAAGAGAAAAUUAAUUAUACAUAUUUUUCUUAUCUUGACCUUUGAAGUACCUAUAGAUUAUUUAUGCAAGAACUUAUGGCGCUGGUUUUGUCAUUA